AUGACUAUUGUUACGAUAUUGUCCAUUUUGUUGAUUUUAAAUUUAUUUGAAGUAAGUUCGGUGGUGGGUAGUUACACGGAGAAGAACCAAAAUGAGGAAUCAUGUCGGUAUAUCAGCGUGUUCAGAAGGCCCCUGUGUUAUAGGUGCUACGUAUUUAAGCCGAGGAACGGCAAUGGCAUCAGGUGCUGCCAGUACUAUCUGCAAAAACGGAAGGAGGAAAAACUGGAAAAGCUAUUUUCCCUGCAAGAUAUUAUGAAGAGUACCCUGGACGAAAAAGACAUGGAUGAUAUUAAAAAUUUAUUUCCUGUAUUCAACGAAAAAUUGUUAAAAAUAAAUAAUAAUUAUAAAUAUGGAGGUCCCAACAAGGGAAACAAAAACAUUACUGAUAUUGACGAUUUGGAAAUCGAAUUCAAUAAUAAAUACUUCAAUUUGAAAGACAUAAAGGUUAACAUUUUAAGUGGAAAUAGCAAUAGUAAAGAAAAAAACAAAACGAAGGAGGAGAAUUAUUACAAUAAAAUAAAAGAAGAAAGUAAUUUUAUGAAGAAAAAGGAUGAACUAUUACAGAAUAGUCCCUUUUAUAGUGAAAAAUGCUUCAAAUCUAUACAUGGAUAUAAUUGUGGAAGGAGAAACCGCAGAGAAUAUAGAGAAGAAAAUGCUGAUGCGGAUGAAGAAUUGGAUUAUGAUUUGGCUGAGUCCAUUGGGGAAGCAGAAUACUAUGCAAGAAUGAAUCGCAUGAAUAACCCACAGCAAGGGGGCCAUGGAGGAGCUUCCAAUCCAGGGGGUAAUAAAUAUGCUCAGGGAAAGAGUGACCAUGGUUAUUACGACAAUAAAUAUUAUGAUAGUAAGUAUGGAACAAAUUACUACAGUGAGAGUAGCAACUCUCCAAGCUCCUCUCUUUUUUACUUGUCCAAAAAAUUUUACCUAUUGAAUAGGUUGUCUCAGAACCCUAAAAAAAUUGUACAGAAAUAUAUCGAGUUUAAAGAACACCUAUCUGGAUCAGAGGACAAAUUGGAUGACUUCCUCGACAAUGAGUACUACAACACGACGCAAACGAUAAACGCCGUUUUGAACGACGAUAUUCAGAAGACCGUUGAGUAUGAUGAGAAGGGGGACCAGAGCAAGAACAACAGCGGCAGGGGGUUCUUCUCCUCCCUGCUCCGCGACUUUAUUUCGCUCUUUUACUUCCCGCAGAAGAAUGUGGAG